AUGAAAAGCUUUACCGCAACUGCUGCUCUCAUUAUCGGCCUACUCAGUUCUGGUACUUGUGCGAAGAGCGACUGGGAAGCGAUUCACGAUACCAUCAAUCGGUACUCGAUCUUCAUUGACACGAAGGAUUUUGCGUCACUCGACAGAGUCUUUUCGUCAGAUGCUUACGCAAAUUACGGGGGUGCAUGGGCGGAUCUCUACGGAAUCGAUGCUAUUAUCGAGGUCUGCAAGGAGUCUGUUGCUGGACACACGUCUCAGCACUUAGGCAGCGUUAUGGGCAUCGACAUACACGAAAACGAGAACGAAGGUUCCGGGCAGCAGGGCCUAACAUGGCCGUACAAUGCUCUACAAUGGAUCCUGAAGCAGCAUAUCCCAGCGGAUGUGCCGAUAAACUCUACUGCAAACAGCACCACGUACGACCAAAGCACUCUCUUUGCUGAUCCAUACUACAACGGCAGCGUCAUUUAUUACUUCGGCUACUACCUGGACGAGUUGCAGAAACUUGAGGAAGGCUGGCGUAUCACUAAUCGCACUUGGGCAAAGGCGGGUCCAGGGUAUUCUGGCAACUAUAGUGUUGCAACCGCGUAA